CCGGGGAAGCUCGUACGGGGCUCCCCGCGAGCUGCCCUGCCCGUCCGGGAGCGGCGCGGGGGGGCCGGAGGGGCCCCUCGUGUCCCCUAAACGCGACGGGGCUGAGGGCGAGAAGAGAAACGGUUACAGGAGUACAGACGUUGGCCUGGGAAGGGCUUCGCGCCUGCGGGUUCGGCUUUUGGAGGGGAUGCUUAAAUGGAUCACCCUGGUACUUGAACCCUGAGGCUCUGGAAGUUUUUGGGGGGCGGGGUUCAGCGCCAGCCUGAACAACGGCUGUUUUAAGAAGGAAGCCUGCAUAGCGUAUGGGAGACCUGAUGGUAAACUGCAGGAGUUGGGAUUUGCUCUAAUGGCGUUCACAAACUCUUCUUCACGCCAGCCUUCCCCGGCGGGCUGUGCUCAGCCAGUCGCUGUGGUGACUGGUGGUUUUCCAGGGAUCCCUUCUCUUGCGUAAAUUGUAGAGACAAUCCUUAGCGGCCUGCCUGGAUGCUGGAUUGUGGACCGUUGCCGUGCGGUAAAUACAGAGGUACCACGCCUGGGCUUCCUUAGACAGUAGUCUUAGAUAGUAGUCCUUAGGUUGUCUCUUUCUACCUGGAAGUCUUGUCUGGAUAGAACUUGGCCACUUCCCAGGGACUUCUGCCAAGACAGAAUUUUGAUCUAAACUUCAUGGAUAUAAAUUUAAAUACUGUUUUGUUUAAUGUUACUGUUUAACAUCACAAAAUAUUUGCAGAAUAGUUGUAGUGAAUUUAAUACAACUGAAUCCCUCAGUUCAGUGGCAAGACCAAGGUUAGACAGAAUUUCUCCCUUGUAGGCCUUGAUAACAACAGCUUUUAAAAAACUUUGGGUUGAAAUUGUUGAUACAUGGGUUUUGGCUUCAAAAGGGAUUAUUUUAUAGAUAUGUAUAUGUAUUUGUAGGGGAGGGAAUUUUUUUUUUUCUGGUUAUUUCGGGUAUUAACCCCAAAAAGAUGUACAUGCCCUUUGUCACACUACCUAUUUCUCAAAAACAAGCCAUGAAGUAACCAGGUGUGAAUGAGAAUGCUUUUAUUACUCUGUGCAAAUCUGUGUGCAAGCAUUCUUUUUUUCUGUAUUGAAGCUGAGGCAAGAUUCAGAUUUCUUAAAAAGCACGUGCAAGAUGCUUUUGUCAGUGUAUAAAGGAGAGGUGUGGCAGUAAUAUUGCUGGUUUGGGGCUUAUUUAUGUGAAGACCAUGUCCUAAGGAAGAAAACGUGUAAGUGAUAGAGGUGUCUGAUCUGAAGCGUUCUGCGAAGGUAUCGGUGAGGAGAGGAUUCAAGGAUCCUAAAGCUCUAAAAUCACAAGCGUUUAUACACGUUAAUGAUGUUGCAGUGGUUACCCCUAAAUUGGCGAGUCGGUUUGGUAGUCUAUUUCUGCAGCUCUGAGCAUGUGUGGGGACAAGGAUGGAGCAUAAAAAUGCAAAACUCAUUUGAGUUAUAUUGUGCCUUGAACUUCUCUUGAAAAUGUGUACUCUGCCCUCAGGAAGGAAAACAACAGAAGCCAGUUGAGAAGAACUGGUAUGGGAAGAUUUGAUGUGUUUUAUGGGUAUACAUUCAAAUAGAGAUUUCCAGAUCUUGUUGUUUUAUUUAAAAAGCCACUUAUGACUUUUAUAAGUUGGUGGUAAACCUCCUGUUACACUGAACCAGAAUUUAGUUUCACGCUUGGUUCUAAACAAGCGAAAUUGUUGGUAUGUGUUAGGAAUGAAUAGGAACGUUUUGUUCGUGGUUGGGUGCAGAGAACAAAUACGAGAUUUCCUCACUUUCAGUACUGUUUGUACGUUCUGAGCAACGCUAACUAAUCCGCCUGUAGACACAUAAGCUGUGCCAUCUCCUGCGCUGUCAUUCUCUUUCAAAUAAAGUUUAUGUCCUGGAGGCAAUCUCGAUGUCUUUUUCCUGCGUAGUACAGGCAGGUUCUCUUGCUCUCCUUUUUUUGACAAUGCCUUGCUCUGUGAGUUGUCCCACUGAAGUCAGCAGGAGCAGUAAAAGACCGAGCUGUUACUCGGUAUCAGUAUUUUCUGUCCCCCACAUGCAAACCUUCAGGCGGUGCUGUGGGACCCUUUGUGCCCCAAGCACUGGACGUCCCUGGGGUGUGUGUGUCGGCACAAGGGUAGUUGCUGCUGCAGUUUGGAUCAAAGCCCUUGUUUCUUGGGUCUGAAGAGAUGGGACCGAGGCUUCCGUGAGCAAAUUCCCCGUGAACAAGCAGCUUGCAAGUCUGAGGGUUUUGUCAUCUGAAUCCAGCUCUUGGACCUGCAGUUCCCCUUGCAGCACAGAAACGGCCACCGAAAGCUGGAGGGAAACAGGGUUAAAGAGCCUUCCCUUUCACCUUACGCAAAUACGCAAGAAAUACUUGGGCAAGAACGGUGUGUCAGGGGUGCUGUUGGGAAGAGGGACGGCUGUUUGUUUUUUAUCCUCCCCCAAAGUACAACCUAUUUAAAUAUUUACAUGAUCUCUUGCUGAAAGGCUUUCUUUUCUUUCCUAUACCUUUCUGGUUUAUUAUUAAGUUAUGAAUGCGGGAGAGGGAGAGAUUUGUAAUUGCCAAUUAUUCUGCUCUGUUAAAGAAGUGUAUAGUUUUAUUUAGUCAGAGAAAUAUGGUAAUAGUGUUUUCUAACAGAUUUAAACAGUUUCACUGAGGCUUGUGUUUUGCUGUUUAAUAUUAUUGCUUCUUUUCAUGCCCUUUGUAUAUUUUAUCAUCUUAAUAGCUACGUGAACAUACAGUAAAAAAAGGAAAUUUCAGACAAUACAACCUUGAAGAGAAAGCAGUGGAGGACUAAUUUUAUACGCAGAUAAUUUCAGAAGAUUAAUAAUAUAGAUAAUAAAGGGCUUGUGAAUGCAGGCAUUAUAUAUUCAGUACUUUAUAAGCGGUUUUGAAUGGCCACUAGGUCCUUCACUGAUUAGCACACACCUGCUCCAGCCUCGGUCACGCCUCGUGUAUCUGUUCUGCAUAGACUCUCCUGCUAGGUCGCUGCAUCUAAAAUUCUGUAACUAUUCGAGGCAUCUAUUUGUAAGUGUUAGUUUAAAGAAUCAGCAGUGUUAAAUGACAUGAAACCUCCUGGGUUACAAAGCUCUUGCAGGGAUGGGAAAAGUGAAAAUAGAGCUCCUUAGGGUCCCGAGGAAAGACUUCAGCAAGUGGUCAGCGUUACACCUAGGAAGUAAUCUUUUAAAAUCAAUAGAUCGUAGGAGAUGCUGCAGGUAAACAGGUCUGCAGUCUUUGUUGGACUGAGGCCUUGAUCAUGAAUCACAGUUCAAAAUUAAAGGUAUUUUACUUCAAUGUAAAAUGAGUUUUAGAAGGAAUAGGUUUUGCACACGAUACAGACCUUCAAGACACAAAUUUGAAAGUAAUUUAGCAUGAGAAACUGUCUGCUGUCAAGCUACAUAGAGACUUUAAGUAUUUCAUGUUGUCUUUUCAUAGUCUUAAUUGUCAGACGUGCAUCUGAUGUACAAGAGCAGUUUGAAGAGCAGUGUGUUUGUACCCCAGGUAGCCUUCAGAGAGUAAAGAUUCGCCCCUUUCUGCUGAAGGGACUGACAGGCUGAGAGGCUUUGGCAAGGUCGGUACUUCAUUCUCAAAAGUUUGCAGCCCUGUAAUCGUUAUUUUGGAAGCAAUCCUUACUCUUUUCUAUAACUACCCAUAUAAUCUCCCUGUCAAAGACUGUGGCAAAAGUUGUGAUUAAAAAUGAAGCAGAGAAAUAUAUUUCAGUGCAGGAAAGCCUGUCAGUAUGUGCCUGAUUUUCAGUGGCUAUAUGCGUGGUAGUGUGAUCUAAAGCUCAGAUACAGCUAGAUCUUAGUGUCCGGAACUCUCCUCGGCCUGGGGAGACCCACAGUGCCAUGUUGCAGUGACUUUGGCAACUACAAAUCCCAGGGAACAUUGCCAUUAGCAGGUUCCUGCAACCGGAUUGGCAUCCUGCAGGGACCAAUGGCGAGCAGAGAAUUCAAGAAAAAUCCAUGUGUGUCAGCUGUGCCAGUGUUAAAAAGCACCGGGGAGAGCUGUAGACCUGAGUGGAAAUUGCCUGUUUCCCUGGGCUGCUUUUAAACCCCCGUGUGAGCUUUGUAUCAAGACUCUAUUGUACACCCUUUGUGCCUGGGCUUGAAAAAGCCUGCUGGGCUCGUCCAGAUGGAUGAAAUUCUGAACUGCAGACCGGCUGACUUGGAAGAUUACUACAACUUGCUAGGAUGCGAUGAACUGUCUACGGUUGAACAAAUUCUUGCAGAAUAUAAGAUUAAAGCCCUUGAAUGUCAUCCUGACAAACAUCCUGGAAACCCCAAAGCAGUGGAGAAUUUCCAGAAGCUGCAGCAAGCUAAGGAAGUUCUUACUAACGAAGAGAGUCGAGUGCGUUAUGAUUACUGGAGGCGAAGCAAAAUUACCAUUCCAUUCCAGCAGUGGGAGGCCCUGAGCAAUUCCGUGAAAACGUCAAUGCACUGGGCUGUCCAAAGUAAGAAGGACCAAAUGCUGGAAGCUCCUGACUUGAAUAAUAGCAACAACACAACUAAUGAGAUUUGGACCCAACAGAUGGAAAGCAAUGAAGACGGAUUGUCAGAUGGGAACAGGGAGCAAGAAGAUGUUGCAAUUUCUGAUGUAAAACCACAGUCUUCAAAGAAUCCAGACUCCCCAAGAUUUUCAGAGGCAAAUUACUGGCACUUGCGUUUCCGUUGGUCAGGGGAUGCUCCAUCAGAGCUGCUGAGGAAAUUCAGAAACUACGAGAUCUAAAAUGCAAAAUAUGCAAGAGUGUGAGAUCAUCUGUUCAACAAUUCAGUAUUUUUUUGUCAGCAGUGAUAAGUUAUUUGUAU